CCCCUCACUGCCAGCCAUGUCCGACAACUUCAUCCACGCCGCCGCCGGCGGCGCAGGCGGCAUGAUCGCCAUGACGGCCACCUAUCCGCUCCUCUCCAUCUCCAUGCGCGCCGCCGUGCAGACGGACAAGAGCAGGCACGUCGGCAUGCUGCAGGCCGCCCAGCAGACGCUCGAGCACGAGGGCGUCGCCGGCCUGUACAGCGGCCUCAGCAGCAGUCUCGUCGGCAUUGGCGUGACCAACUUCGUCUAUUACUUUUUCUUCGAAAAGUCGCGCUCCCUGCUGCUGGCGUCCAAGUCGCGCGCCCUCGCCGCGGCCAACUCGGGCAAGGGCGCCAGUGCCGGCGCCGUCAUUCUCGCCGGCGGCGCCCUGACGACGGCCGAGUCGAUGCUGGCGGGCCUCAUUGCCGGCUGCGCCACGAGCAUCAUCAGCAAUCCCAUCUGGGUCAUCAACACGCGCCAGACGGUGCGCGCGCCCGCGAGUGCGGCGGGCAAGGCGGGCGCAAAGAGUGGAGCGCAGGGCAAGAAGGACGUCAAGAUGGGCUUCUUCCAGACGCUGAGCCACAUUGUGCACAAGGACGGCGUGCUGGCGCUGUGGAGGGGCAUUGGGCCCGCGCUCGUGCUCGUCAUCAACCCCAUCCUGCAGUACACGGCCUUUGAGCAGCUGAAGAACGCGCUAGUCAAGGCGCGCGCUGGACGGGGUGCAAGUGUGAAGCUGAGCGACUGGGACUUUUUCCUCCUCGGCGCGCUCAGCAAGCUGUUCGCGACGGGCCUGACGUAUCCGCAGAUCGUGAUCAAGUCGCGUCAGCAAUCCGGCUCGCACUCCAAGGGCAACGUGUGGACGGCCAUGACGGACAUCAUCGAGCGCGAGGGCGUCUCUGGCCUCUACCGCGGCAUCAGCAGCAAGUUGCUGCAGAGCGUCGCUACCGCUGGCAUCCUGUUCGCCAGCAAGGAACAGGUGUUCAGAGCUGUGAGCGCGCUCCUUGCGAGCAGACGCGCGGCGGCGGACGCGGCGGCCAAGGCGGCGGUCAGUGCGGCGGGACAGGCGGCGAAGGCGGUCAAGUGAGGAGGCAGGGACGUGGCACGAUGGAGGAGGG